AUGAGUGACAAACGUCUAUCUUAUCUUGAUAAUCUCUUUCAACAUAAUGACGAAGAUGAAGAUGAUUAUGAUUGGGAAAAUGGUAAUGAAGACUCAAAAAAAAUUCAACUUAAACUUAAUGAAACAAAAACAACUCAACAGAAGAAAUUAGUUCAAAAAAAACAAGUCAUAAAAAAAUGUCAAAAUGAUGAGUAUAAUAAAGACGCAUGGGAAGUAAUGAUGGACUGUUAUAAAGAAAAUCCAAUAACAACUAAAGAAGAGACUAAAGAAUCUGAAGAUAAAAAUGAAAUCAAAAGUGAUGAAACAAAAAAAAAUAUUUUAAGAUGGAAUAAAAGAACUCAAACAAUGAAUGAAGAAGAUUGGAAAGCCGUUGAAUUAGAAUACGAAAAUAGUUGUAUUAGAUUAGAACAUGAAAAUAAAAGAGUUCUAAAAGGUAAAGAAUUAAAAAGACAUGGACUAGGAAUGAUUCAUGGAAUUGAUGUAAAGAAAAUACGAAGUAUGAUCGAAGAUUUUGGGGAAAGAAUUGUUCAACCCCCUUGGUUUGUUUGUGUAAUUUGUAGAAGACAAUUUAAAGAUAAAGAUGAAUUACAAAAACAUUGUAAUGAAAGUAUAUUCCAUUGUAUAAAUUGUAAGCUUUUAAAUGAUAUUAAUUAUGAAAUAACAGAUAAACAACUCUCACUUAAACAACUCCCAUCUUCUUUAUCAGAACAAACAUCAGCUUAUCCCACAACAAUACCAAACAUUAACGAAAAUAUUGGAGCUCAUUUAUUAAAACAAAUGGGAUGGGAUGAAUCUAGUAUAUGUGAAAAUUGCGUUCCAUUAACUGUCAAUACUUCUAGAGCUGGGAUUGGGUCUUCUCAUUCAUCAGUUCCACUGCCCAAUCCUAGUACAAUGAUUCGUUAA